GCCAAGGCCUGCCCCGCCAAGGAGUUCCAGUGCCAUAACAGGAAGUGUGUGGCUCCCAUCUUUGUGUGCGACGGCGAUGACGACUGCGGGGAUGGGAGUGAUGAGGAGAAGUGUUCCAUUUCCACCUGUGGCCCCCACGAGUUCCGCUGUAACGACUCAGAGUGCAUCCCGGCCCUGUGGAGCUGCGAUGGGGACCCAGACUGCGGGGAUAAGUCUGAUGAGUCUAUGGAGCGCUGUAGUCGCCGGACAGAGCCCCAGAAGCCCCGUUGCCCGGCGGGGGAGUUCCAGUGUGGAAGUGGAGAGUGUGUCCACCUCAACUGGAAGUGUGACGGCGACGCAGACUGCAAGGACAAAUCUGACGAGGCUGACUGCGGUAAGUCAUCUACUGUAUCUGGGCUUGGGUCACCUGAGGAUGCACACAGGAUGUGGCCGUACAUAUACAGUGCAUUCGGAAAGUAUUCAGACCCCUUGACUUUUUCCACAUUAUUUUUACAUUACAGCCUUAUUCUAAAAUGGAUUAAAUUGUUUUUUUCCCCCUCAUCAAUCUAUGGCUGUGGUCAAAAGUUUUGAAAAUGACACAUAUUAAUCUUCACAAAGUCUGCUGCCUCAGUUUUUAUGAUGGCAAUUUGCAUAUACUCCAGAAUGUUAUGAAGAGUGAUCAGAUGAAUUGCAAUUAAUUGCAAAGUCCCUCUUUGCCAUGAAAAUGAACUUAAUCCCCAAAAUACAUUUCCACUGCAUUUCAGCCCUGCCACAAAAGGACCAGCUCGCAUCAUGUCAGUGAUUCUCUCGUUAACACAGGUGAGAGUGUUGACGAGGACAAGGCUGGAGAUCACUCUGUCAUGCUGAUUACAUUUUACAUUUACAUUUUAGUCAUUUAGCAGAUGCUCUUAUCCAGAGCGACUUACAGUUAGUGAGUGCAUACAUUUUUCAUACUGGCCCCCCGUGGGAAUCGAACCCACAACCCUGGCGUUGCAAGCGCCAUGCUCUACCAACUGAGCUACAGGAGGCCCCUGAUUGAGUUAGAAUAACAGACUGGAAGCUUUAAAAGGAGGGUGGUGCUUGAAAUCAUUGUUCUUCCUCUGUUAACCAUGGUUACCUGCAAGGAAACACGUGCCGUCAUCAUUGCUUUGCACAAAAAGGGCUUCAUAGGCAAGGAUAUUGCUGCCAGUAAGAUUGCACCACCUAAAUCAACCAUUUAUCGGAUCAUCAAGAACUUCAAGGAGAGAGGUUCAAUUGUUGUGAAGAAGGCGUCAGGGCACCCAAGAAAGUCCAGCAAGUGCCAGGACCGUCUCCUAAAGUUGAUUCAGCUGCGGGAUCGGGGCACCACCUGUGCAGAGCUUGCUCAGGAAUGGCAGCAGGCAGGUGUGAGUGCAUCUGCACGCACAGUGAGGCAAAGACUUUUGGAGGAUGGCCUGAUGUCAAGAAGGGCAGCAAAGAAGCCCCUUCUCUCCAGGAAAAACAUCAGGGACAGACUGAUAUUCUGCAAAAGGUACAGGGAUUGGACUGCUGAGGACUGGGGUAAAGUCAUUUUCUCUGAUGAAUCCCCUUUCCGAUUGUUUUGGGCAUCUGGAAAAAAGCUUGUCCGGAGAAGACAAGUUGAGUGCUACCAUCAGUCCUGUGUCAUGCCAACAGUAAAGCAUCCUGAGACCAUUCAUGUGUGGGGUUGCUUCUCAGCUAAGGGAGUGGGCUUACUCACAAUUUUGCCUAAGAACACAGCCAUGAAUAAAGAAUGGUACCAACAAAUCAUCCGAGAGCAACUUCUCCCAACCAUCCAAGAACAGUUUGGUGACGAACAAUGCCUUUUCCAGCAUGAUGGAGCACCUUGCCAUAAGGCAAAAGUGAUAACUAAGUGGCUCUGGGAACAAAACAUCAACAUUUUGGGUCCAUGGCCAGGAAACUCCCCAGACCUUAAUCCCAUUGAGAACUUGUGGUCAAUCCUCAAGAGGCAGGUGGACAAACAAAAACCCACAAAUUCUAACAAACUCCAAGCAUUGAUUAUGCAAGAAUGGGCUGCCAUCAGUCAGGAUGUGGCCCAGAAGUUAAUUGACAGCAUGCCAGGGCGGAUUGCAGAGGUCUUGAAAAAGAAGGGUCAACAAUGCAAAUAUUGACUCUUUGCAUAAACUUAAUGUAAUUGUAAAUAAAAGCCUUUGACACUUAUGGAAAGCUUGUAAUUAUACUUCAGUAUACCAUAGUAACAUCUGACAAAAAUAUCUAAAAACACUGAAGCAGCAAACUUUGUGAAGACCAAUACUUGUGUCAUUCUCAAAACUUUUGACCACGACUGUACACACAAUACCCCUUAAUGACGAAGCAAAAAAAUUAUUUUAUAAUUUUUUGCAAAUGUAUUACAAAAAUUUACAUAGGUAUUCAGACCCUUUACUCUGUACUUUGUUGAACCACCUUUGGCACCGAUUACAGCCUCAAGUCUUCUUGGGUAUGACGCUACAAGCUUGGCACACCUGUAUUUGGUGAGUUUCUCCCAUUCUUCUCUGCAGAUCCUCUCAAGCUCUGUCAGGUUAGAUGGGGAGCAUCUCUGCACAGCUAUUUUCAGGUCUCUCCAGAGAUGUUCGAUCAGGUUCAUGUCUGGACUCUGGCUGGGCCACUCAAGGACAUUCAGAGACUUGUCCUGAACCCACUCCUGCGUUGUCUUGGCUGUGUGCCUAGGGUCGUUGUCCUGUUGGAAGGUGAACCGUCGCCCCAGUCAGAGGUCCUGAGCACUCUGGAGCAGGUUUUCAUGAAAGAUCUCUCUGUACUUUGCUCCGUUCAUCUUUCCCUCGAUCCUGACUAGUCUCCCAAUCCCUGCCACUGAAAGACAUCCCCACAGCAUGAUGCUGCCACCACCAUGCUUCACCGUAGGGAUGGUGCCAGGUUUGCUUGGCAUUCAGGCCAAAGAGUUCAGUCUUGGAUUCAUCAGACCAGAGAAUAUUGUUUUUCAUGGUCUGAGUACUUUAGGUGCCUUUUGACAAACUCCAAGCUUGCUGUCAUGUGCCUUUUACUGAGGAGUGGCUUCCGUCUGGCCACUCUACCAUAAAGGCCUGAUUGGUGGAGUGCUGCAGAGAUGGUUGGAAGGUUCACCCAUCUCCACAGAGGAACUUUGGAGCUCUGUCAGAGUGACCAUUGGGUUCUUGGUCACCUCCCUGACCAAGAAGGCCCUUCUCCCACGAUUGCUCAGUUUGGCCAGGCAGCCAGCUCUAGGAAGAGUCUGGGUGGUUCCAAACUUCUUCUAUUUAAGAAUGAUGAAGGCCACUGUGUACUUGGGGACAUUCAAUGCUGCAGAGUUUUUUUGGUACCCUUCCCCAGAUCUGUGACUCGACACAAUCCUGUCUCGGAGCUCUAUGGACAAUUCCUUCGACCUCAUGGCUUGGUUUUUGCUCUGACAUGCACUGUCAACUGUUGGACCUUAUAUAGACAGGUGUGCCUUUCCAAAUAAUUUCCAAUCAAUUUAAUUUACCACAGGUGGACUCCAAUCAAGUUGUAGAAACAUGAUCACAGAUGAUCAAUGGAAAAAUAAUGCACCUGAGCUCAAUUUCAAGUCUCAUAGCAAAGGGUCUGAAUAGUUAUGUAAAUGAGGUAUUUCUACAAACCUGUUUUCACUUUGUCAUUAUGAGGUAUUGUGUGUAGAUUGAAAAAUAAUUAAAUACAUUUUUAGAAUAAGGCUGUAACGUAACAAAAUGUGGGAAAAAAUGAAGGGGUCUGAAAACUUUCCGAAUGCACUGUAUAUGUAUAUAGUCUAUAUGGACAGGAAGUGGAGUUUUCUGUGUGUGUAGGGUUGUAGUAAGCUUAGAAUGACUUAACAGCUUAAAAUCACUAUACAUAUCUAUGUACAAUUAAUAUAUGUGGAUGGAUUUGUUUGUGUACAGGCAUUGGUGUGUAUUGUAGCGUCUUUGUCUGUAUGUGUGUGCCUGCGUGUCUGUAUGAAUGAUACAGUAUGCUAUCAAAGCCCCCCUGAGACAUCUGUUUUGGCGCCCGUUAAUAAGAAGCUCCACGCUGGAAUCACCACGGCAAUCAGUGGGAUUGGUUGCCAUGCAACAGUGUGAUGAUUGGAACAGUGGAGAGCCCUUGAGAGGGAGCGAGGGUCCCCACUACCAUGGCCUCUCUCCCUGAGUAACACACUAUUCUCAACCCCAGAGACCACUCAGUAAUGACAAACACUGAUCACAAAGACAGGGAGGAAGUCAGAGUAGAUUCAUGCAGGGGUUUCAGACGUAUUGUUAAAAUAUGAUUAAACCUACCUACCAUUAUGAUAAAAACUAUAUGAUAAAAAUAUAAUAUCCUACCUUAUUGUGGGUACUUUAUAUUAACUGUAGAGACCAUACUAAUGUUAAGCCGAUGUACAAGUCAUACCAGUGCUGUGGUGUCAUGUGUAGUGGUAUGUGAUGACAUGAUCAUUACUUAAAAAAUAAAUGAACAACUGUUUUAUUGUGUGCUCUGAAAUAAAACCCAGUCCACUGAGGCCCACAGGAGAGGUCAUCAUGCUGGGUUUAGAGAUAAAACAUGUGGCUAUGAGUCCAGAGACUGUUAGGAAAAGUAACCCAAAUAAACAUUAACAUAACCUUUAAGUCUAUAUAUUAGAUCUUGAAGUGCAAACAAACCACCCAGAGCACAGACAUUUUAGUAAGUUAUUGUAUCUUUGUUUCUUUGUGUCUUCUGAUGAGCAGGACCCUAAUGCAGUGUUCUGUGCAUUUGUUUUGUUACAACCCAAAAUGAAAUAGAGAUACAGGACAUACCCCUGAACUAGGCACAUGAUUCUAUAGGUGUACCUCAAAUGUAUUUAGCUGAUUCCCUCAUCGUCUUCCUCUCAAAGCACAUUGAAGCAGAAGAUCUGAAGUUCCUCCUAAAUUAUAUACAGUGCAUUUGAAAAGUAUUCAGACACCUUGACUUUUUCCACAUUUUGUUAUGUUACAGCCUUAUUGUAAAAUUGAUUAAAUUGUCCCCCCCCCCCCCCCUCAUCAAUCUACGUACAAUACCCCAUAAUGACAAAGCAAAAAAAUAGAUUAUUUGAAAUUUUAGCAAAUUACAAUUUAUUAAAAAAAACUGAAAUAUCACAUUUACUUAAGUAUUCAGACGCUUUACUCAGUACUUUGUUGAAGCACCUUUGGCAGCGAUUACAGCCUCAAGUCUUCUUGGGUAUGACGCUGUAUAUAUAUAUAUAUAUAUAUAUAUAUAUAUAUAUAUAUAUAUAUAUAUAUAUAUAUAUAUAUAUACAUACAUAUACAUACAUACAUACAUAUACAUACAUAUAUAUUAUUCUACAAAGUAGAAAAUUGUCAAAAUAAAGAAAAACCCUUGAAUGAGUAGGUGUUCUAAAACUUUUGCACGGUAGUGUAUGUAUAUACAGUGGGGGGAAAAAGUAUUUAGUCAGCCACCAAUUGUGCAAGUUCUCCCACUUAAAAAGAUGAGAGAAGCCUGUAAUUUUCAUCAUAAGUACACGUCAACUAUGACAGACAAAAUGAGGAAAAAAAAUCCAGAAAAUCUAAUUGUAGGAUUUUUAAUGAAUUUAUUUGCAAAUUAUGGUGGAAAAUAAGUAUUUGGUCAAUAACAAAAGUUUCUCAAUACUUUGUUAUAUACCCUUUGUUGGCAAUGACACAGGUCAAACGUUUUCUGUAAGUCUUCAAGGUUUUCACACACUGUUGCUGGUAUUUUGGCCCAUUCCUCCAUGCAGAUCUCCUCUAGAGCAGUGAUAUUUUGGGGCUGUCGCUGGGCAACACGGACUUUCAACUCCCUCCAAAGAUGUUCUAUGGGGUUGAGAUCUGGAGACUGGCUAGGCCACUCCAGGACCUUGAAAUGCUUCUUACGAAGCCACUCCUUCGUUGCCCGGGCGGUGUGUUUGGGAUCAUUGUCAUGCUGAAAGACCCAGCCACGUUUCAUCUUCAAUGCCCUUGCUGAUGGAAGGAGGUUUUCACUCAAAAUCUCACGAUACAUGUCCCCAUUCAUUCUUUCCUUUACACUGAUCAGUCGUCCUGGUCCCUUUGCAGAAAAACAGCCCCAAAGCAUGAUGUUUCCACCCCCAUGCUUCACAGUAGGUAUGGUGUUCUUUGGAUGCAACUCAGCAUCCUUUGUCCUCCAAACACGACGAGUUGAGUUUUUACCAAAAAGUUCUAUUUUGGUUUCAUCUGACCAUAUGACAUUCUCCCAAUCCUCUUCUGGAUCAUCCAAAUGCACUCUAGCAAACUUCAGACGGGCCUGGACAUGUACUGGUUUAAGCAGAGGGACACGUCUGGCACUGCAGGAUUUGAGUCCCUGACGGCGUAGUGUGUUACUGAUGGUAGGCUUUGUUACUUUGGUCCCAGCUCUCUGCAGGUCAUUCACUAGGUCCCCCCGUAUGGUUCUGGGAUUUUUGCUCACUGUUCUUGUGAUCAUUUUGACCCCACGGGGUGAGAUCUUGCGUGGAGCCCCAGAUCGAGGGAGAUUAUCAGUAUGUCUUCCAUUUCCUAAUAAUUGCUCCCACAGUUGAUUUCUUCAAACCAAGCUGCUUACCUAUUGCAGAUUCAGUCUUCCCAGCCUGGUGCAGGUCUACAAUUUUGUUUCUGGUGUCCUUUGACAGCUCUUUGGUCUUGGCCAUAGUGGAGUUUGGAGUGUGACUGUUUGAGGUUGUGGACAGGUGUCUUUUAUACUGAUAACAAGUUCAAACAGGUGCCAUUAAUACAGGUAACGAGUGGAGGACAGAGGAGCCUCUUAAAGAAGAAGUUACAGGUCUGUGAGAGCCAGAAAUCUUCCUUGUUUGUAGGUGACCAAAUACUUAUUUUCCACCAUAAUUUGCAAAUAAAUUCAUUAAACAUCCUACAAUGUGAUUUUCUGGAGAAAAAACUUCUCAAUUUGUCUGUCAUAGUUGACGUGUACCUAUGAUGAAAAUUACAGGCCUCUCUCAUCUUUUUAAGUGGGAGAACUUGCACAAUUGGUGGCUGACUAAAUACUUUUUUCCCCCCACUGUAUAUAUAUAUAUAUAUAAUACAUGUUUUAUGUAUUUUUAUUUAUUUGUACAUUUAUUUGAUCAGGGAGUCAUACUGAGACCAAGGCCUCUUUUACAGAUGAGCCCUAAAUUACAGAUAUUACAGAAAAUACACACAUCAAAAUAUAAAUACAACAUGUAAGCAGAAAUAAAGAAAAACAAGGUCAUAAAAAACAAACACAUUCAUCUGUAAUAAGGUCCUCAAUCAGCUUUCUGAGGCACCACAACAUCACAUUUAAGAAGGUUUUGAAGAUUGUUCCACAAAUAAGGUGCAAGAAAACUAAAAGCUGAUUUACCUAACUCAGUAUAGACCAAAGGAAUUUCCAUAGUUAGCCAUCCCUGAGACUGGGUGUGGUAACUCAUAUGUCUAAAGUUUAGUAAUGAUGUUAGGUACAGUGGGACUUUUUGUAAAAGGGCUUUAUAAAUUAAAACAUAGCAAUGUAUCAACUUACGUGACAUCAAAGAGGGCCAACCAACUUUCUGGUAGAGAAUUCAGUUAUGAGUUCAAAAAUUGUCGCCCAUAGUAAAGCGCAGUGCACUAUAAUAAACUGCAUCUAAUGGCUUUAAAGAAGCGAUGAGAAAUGAGAAAUGGAGAAUCACACACACGCUCACACGCACGCACGCACACACACAUACAUAAACACACAGUACUAACAACAGAACCAGUCCUGGGUGUGUGUUUUACACGGACAGUGAGUAAAUACCAUAGAAUUAGGAAUUAGAAUACUAGAAUGUACAUGAACCAUCUUAUGAUGGGAUAAAGGUCAGUCAUUUUGGUCAGGGAGUUGGUCAACCAUGGUUUGCCAGUGCUGUGAUAAGAUAUUGUGUAAAAUAAUGCAUUUGAAGAAUUUAUUUGCACUGUAUGUUGAUUAGCUAGCUAGCCAGCCAGUUUUAGAGGAAUUAUUCCAAUAAUAUUUCAAUUUAACUGCCAAUAUGCCAGCAUUCCAUUCAAACAAUGCACUCAAUCCACAGCCAUACACCACACCAAUCAGUUGAUGAUAGGACUUACACAAGUUGUAAAUACAACAAGUACUGAUAUUGUAUCAUAUAAUAGCACUCACAGCUUUACAAGAAAACAAAAAAAUGAGACAUUUAUGGUCUGUUUACAUAUAUUUUAGAAGCUAUUUAGACAGAAAAUUGGUAUAAAACUGGUAUAAACUGUCUUUAUGACAAUAUUUUAUGUUGACAGUAAUUCUAUUGCACUAUGUCUGAUAUAUCACAUGGCUUACUUUGAUUUUCCUGUGUAAGUAAAAUCAGGAUUAUUGGGGGGAACAGAGGGUGAUUACUGUUGAAUUGGAAUGCCCUCUGUGUUUCAUUCUCGUUGUGUGUGUUCUCUCCUCCACAGCUCUGCUGACCUGCCGUCCAGAUGAGUUCCAGUGUGGUGAUGGGUCCUGUGUCCAUGGUACCAAGCAGUGCAACAGGGUGCACGACUGUCCUGACUUCAGUGAUGAGGCCGGCUGUAUCAACGGUGGGUAGACCCUGCCUUCUCUGCUGCCCUUUAUCUCCUCUCCUAGCUAUUGCAUUAUGUCCAUAUAGUUGACAUAUGUUCCAAUAAUCCAAAAUACAUUUUCCUUAGUUUCCUCCCAUCUUUUUUCCACUUAUUGCUAUACUCACUGGGUUUUCACACAAAGGGAAGGCAUUUAUGGGUACAUUGGGACACACUACUGCUGUAGCUUUCUUUCUUCAUAUCCUUACUACAUUCUCCUAUCCAGCUCUGUGGGCAUUUAAAAGAAUAUUGGGACACAGAACUGUUUCUGUAUACCUAUGGUGAAGUAAAUCUAGAUUUUGUUGCCAUGUGUCUAUGGUAACACAUUCUUAUUUGAGAGCUACGGUCUUUGUCUUGUCUAUCUAUGCCGGAGAAAACUCAAGGUCAAACUAAUGCUAACUGGGAUUUAUUUAGGAGCCGUUGUUGUAAGAUGUAGUCAGUGAUCAACCUGAAAUCCAUAACACACUGCUACACAGUUUCACACAAUGUUUGGUGUGUGUGUAUGUGGGUGUGUGUGUGUGUGCUUGAAUAGUGGUGUAACUCCAGCCAUGCAGACACAGUAGAAUAGUGGUGUAACUCCAGCCAUGCAGACAGACAGUAGAAUAGUGGUGUAACUCCAGCCAUGCAGACACAGUAUAAUAGUGGUGUAACUCCAGCCAUGCAGACAGACAGUAGAAUAGUGGUGUAACUCCAGCCAUGCAGACAGACAGUAGAAUAGUGGUGUAACUCCAGCCAUGCAGAUAGACAGUAGAAUAGUGGUGUAACUCCAGCCAUGGAGACAGACAGUAGAAUAGUGGUGUAACUCCAGCCAUGCAGACAGACAGUAGAAUAGUGGUGUAACUCCAGCCAUGCAGACACAGUAGAAUAGUGGUGUAACUCCAGCCAUGCAGACAGACAGUAGAAUAGUGGUGUAACUCCAGCCAUGCAGACAGACAGUAGAAUAGUGGUGUAACUCCAGCCAUGCAGACAGACAGUAGAAUAGUGGUGUAACUCCAGCCAUGCAAGCAGACAGUAGAAUAGUGGUGUAACUCCAGCCAUGCAGACAGACAGUAGAAUAGUGGUGUAACUCCAGCCAUGCAGGCAGACAGUAGAAUAGUGGUGUAACUCCAGCCAUGCAGACAGACAGUAGAAUAGUGGUGUAACUCCAGCCAUGCAGACAGACAGUAGAAUAGUGGUGUAACUCCAGCCAUGCAGACAGACAGUAGAAUAGUGGUGUAACUCCAGCCAUGCAGACAGACAGUAGAAUAGUGGUGUAACUCCAGCCAUGCAGACAGACAGUAGAAUAGUGGUGUAACUCCAGCCAUGCAGACAGACAGUAGAAUAGUGGUGUAACUCCAGCCAUGCAGACAGACAGUAGAAUAGUGGUGUAACUCCAGCCAUGCAGACAGACAGUAGAAUAGUGGUGUAACUCCAGCCAUGCAGACAGACAGUAGAAUAGUGGUGUAACUCCAGCCAUGCAGACAGACAGUAGAAUAGUGGUGUAACUCCAGCCAUGCAGACAGACAGUAGAAUAGUGGUGUAACUCCAGCCAUGCAGACAGACAGUAGAAUAGUGGUGUAACUCCAGCCAUGCAGACAGACAGUAGAAUAGUGGUGUAACUCCAGCCAUGCAGACAGACAGUAGAAUAGUGGUGUAACUCCAGCCAUGCAGACAGACAGUAGAAUAGUGGUGUAACUCCAGCCAUGCAGACACAGUAGAAUAGUGGUGUAACUCCAGCCAUGCAGACAGACAGUAGAAUAGUGGUGUAACUCCAGCCAUGCAGACAGACAGUAGAAUAGUGGUGUAACUCCAGCCAUGCAGACAGACAGUAGAAUAGUGGUGUAACUCCAGCCAUGCAGACAGACAGUAGAAUAGUGGUGUAACUCCAGCCAUGCAGACACAGUAGAAUAGUGGUGUAACUCCAGCCAUGCAGACAGACAGUAGUAUAGUGUUUUUAACGCCAUCAAUGCGAUACACAGAGACAGUAGCAGUGUGUGAAGGUACAUGACUGUAGAGUCCUGGAAAACAGCCAGGAGAUCACAUUACAGAGUGGAGUACCAGCAGGAUGUAUUACAGUACAGUGUACCAGCAGGAUGUAUUACAGUACAGUGUACCAGCAGGAUGUAUUACAGUACAGUGUACCAGCAGGAUGUAUUACAGUACAGUGUACCAGCAGGAUGUAUUACAGUACAGUGUACCAGCAGGAUGUAUUACAGUACAGUGUACCAGCAGGAUGUAUUACAGUACAUUACACCUCUCCUAUGCUAUUAUUACACUAACACCUUCUCUACUGCAGGGACAGACAGACAGACAGACAGGGUGCUAAGCUACCAAAGUUGUAUCAUUGUUACUUAUUGCCCACAAGCUAAUAAUACUGGACGGAAGUGUCUGGGAACCAGAGAGCUUGUUUGAUGCUAUCUGGCCAGAGGAAUCAGAGUAGUAGUGACAUGCAUUGGAAAUCAAACACUUGUUGUAAGCUUUUGCAAGGUAAUGAUCAGUGUAUUUUUCUACCCUUUCCCAGCCACUAAGUGUGAUGGCCCCAGGAAGUUUAUGUGCAAGAACGGACAGUGUAUCGACAGCAGCAAGGUGUGUGAUGCCGUCAAAGACUGCAAGGACUGGUCAGAUGAACCUAUGAAGGAGUGUGGUGAGACACACACAAACACACAUGCAUGCAUGCAUGCAUGCAUACACAUACAAACGCAUACAUACACUGUACACUGAUAAAUGUACACACAUGCAUACAUACACACACACACACACACACACACACACACACACACACACACACACACUUAUUAACAUCCACUUGACAUGCAAAUGGUCACUGUGCUAGUAAUCAGAGCUUCAUUUCAUCAAUGGAGAGUAAAUCAGUACAACUCUCAGCGCUCUCGUUCCCAUCAAAGACCAACUCUUCCCUCGAGUGUGUUCACGGCUAGGAAACGUGCUCUGACUACACUACCCAUAAGGCACCAUAUGGAUUAGCUUCCCACCAUAGAUAAUUGCAACUUAGAGCUCUUUAGUCAUGGACCUCACAGUGGAAUGCUCUGGAACCUCUAGCUUUGUGUUCCUGAUAGGUCAACAGUAUGUCAACAUUCAGAUCAGCUCCAGCACUGGCAACCAACCACUGCUUUCAUCUUUCUUAUCUUUUGUAAUGAUGAAAUAGAGUGACAUGAAAUCUAUUUGGUGUGCUGUACAUUAACAUCUGUGACAUUAUAUCUUUGCUUUGCCGUACAUGUUAUGCAUAUAUUCUGUUAGAAUUGUAUCAAUGUAGAAAUAUAACAUGGGCUUUUGUACUACUGAAACCAUGUAAGUGAACAUGUACUGUUCGUUAAUAUGGAAGAUAAAUGACCAGCUUGUGGUUGUACAACAUCCUCCAGCCUCCCUCUCUUCCUAUCAGGCAUGACUGUACCUGUAGCCUUGUUUAAUCUGCUAUGUAAACUCAUAACGAAGUGUCUGCUGUCAACACCACUCUAUCUGCUAGAAUUAUGAGCGGAAGGGAGGAAGGAGUGGGAUAAAGGGAUGCAAGGAAGGAUGGAGACUGGUAGAGAGAAGGAGGAGGGGAGGGGGGUAAGGAGAGGAUAGAUACUGAAAGGGGAACAGAAGGAGAGAGAGGGAAGGUAAGGAGGAGGGAUGGAUAAAGGGAUAAGAGGAGGAAAGAGGAGGAGGAGAAGGGAUGGAUGGAUAGUGGGAUGGAUAGGGGGAUAAGGGGAGGAAGGAGAGGGAUAUGGGGAGGAGGAGGGAUGGAUAGAGGGAUGGAUAAGGGGAGGAAGGAGGGGGAUAUGGUGAGGAGGAGGGAUGGAUAGAGGGAUAAGGGGAGGAAUGAGAGGGAUAUGGGGAGGAGGAGGGAUGGAUAGAGGGAUGGAUAAGGGGAGGAAGGAGGGGGAUAUGGGUAGGAGGAGGGAUGGAUAGAGGGAUGGAUGGGGGAUAAGGGGAGGAAGGAGGGGGAUAUGGGGAGGAGGAGGGAUGGAUAGAGGGAUAAGGGGAGGAAUGAGGGGGAUAUGGGGAGGAGGAGGGAUGGAUAGUGGGAUGGAUAAGGGGAGGAAGGAGGGGGAUAUGGUGAGGAGGAAGGAUGGAUAGAGGGAUAAGGGAGGGAUAUGGGGAGGGAGGAGGGAUGGAUAGAGGGAUGGAUAAAGGGAGGAAGGAGGGAUGGGAUAGGGGGAUAAGGGGAGGAAGGAGGGGGAUAUGGGGAGGAGGAGGGAUGGAUAGAGGGAUAAGGGGAGGAAUGAGAGGGAUAUGGUGAGGAGGAGGGAUGGAUAGAGGGAUAAGGGGAGGAAUGAGAGGGAUAUGGGGAGGAGGAGGGAUGGAUAAGGGGAGGAAGGAGGGGGUAUGGGGGUAGGGGAGGGAGGAUGGUAGAGGGAUGGAUAAGGGGAGGAAUGAGGGGGAUAUGGUGAGGAGGAGGGAUGGAUAGUGGGAUGGAUAAGGGGAGGAAGGAGGGGGAUAUGGGGAGGAGGAGGGAUGGAUAGGGGGAUAAGGGGAGGAAGGAGAGGGAUAUGGGGAGGAGGAGGGAUGGAUAGAGGGAUGGAUAGGGGGAUAAGGGGAGGAAGGAGAGGGAUAUGGGGAGGAGGAGGGAUGGAUAGAGGGAUAAGUGGAGGAAGGAGAGGGAUAUGGGGAGGAGGAGGAGGAGGGAUGGAUAGAGGGAUAAGGGAAGGAGAGCUGCUCCUUUGAGGAAAUCAAAUUAGACGGGGGCACCUGACGCAUAGCCGCCCCCUCUUGAGCCCCAGUACAUUUUGGACUGGUUCCAGGUGUGUAAUAGCUACAUAUUCCCCUAGAGCCUCCCCAGGCGCACACACACACACACACACACACACACACACACCAAUAUCUUGGUUGUUUUAUUGAUGUUUAACUCCCUUUCACCACCCCCCCCCCCUCUCUCUCUCUCUCUCUCUCUCUCCCUCUCUAGGUGUGAAUGAGUGUGCAGACAAAAAUGGAGGCUGCUCUCACAUCUGCAGAAACAGGAGGAUCGGCUAUGAGUGUGACUGUCCCUCUGGAUACCAACUAAUGGACAAGAAGACCUGUGAAGGUAGAGUACCAGACAACCUGUCCCUCUCAGACAAGACCUGUGAAGGUACAGGACCAGAAAACCUGUCCCUCUCAGACAAGACCUGUGAAGGUACAGGACCAGACAAUCUAAAACCUUACUUCAAUACACCAAAAUGGCUCUCAUUCACUUUCAGGGAUUCCGUUAGCCAGUAAUAGCCAGCUUUUGGCCGAUAAAAAAAUAGAAAAGCCCGAUAAUUAAAAUUGCCGCUGGCCAAUUGUCCAGGAGAAGAAGGAAAAAUCCCAUUAAGAAAUAAUGCUUUUAGCCUCUUCAUUGAUGGAAAUUCCAGUUGAUGGAAAUACAUUUUACUGGUCAUGCUUAUCAGUCUGUAGGUUAAUUUGCAUAAUUUAGUGGAAUUAAAUUGGUGCGUGUGUACAGUAUAUUCGUUAUGUAUCUUAUUUAUCACACACACAGCAAACAGAUACAGAGCCGUUGAGAGGAACAUCUGUCAGAAAGCGUGAGAGCUGCUCCUACUGCAUCUCAAACCGUAAACGCAGACGACGGAAGACAGGCUUCAUCAGCACGUCACACACCACUCUGCAAUGAGCUGGAGGCAGUGUGCAUUUUCAAAACGGAAUUGUUUGAAACCUGAAAAUUUUACUACAUAUGACGCAUGUCUUACCUUGCUUCAAAGUAGCCUAACCAAAAUCAGACCAUAUCCGUGGAGGCAAUUAUUUGAUAUAAACUUUCUUUCAUUGUCCUGUAGCCAAAGGCACAAUCCUAGUCAUAUUAGCAACCCAUGCUAGUUGUUACAUAUUAGAUCUCCCCUCUUUCUAAAUUACGAACAGAUACAGUGUCUUCGGAAAGUAUUCAGACCCCUUGACUUUUUCCACAUUUUGUUAGGUUACAGCCUUAUUCUAAAAUUGAUUUAAAUGUUUUUUUUUCCUCAUCCAUCUACACACAAUACCCCAUAAUGACAAAGCAAAAACAGGAUUUUAUCAAGUUUGGCAAAUUUAUUAAAAAUAAAAAACUGAAAUAUCACAUUUAUAUAAGUAUUCAGACCCUUUACUCAGUCCUUUAUUGAAGCACCUUUGGCAGCGAUUACAGCCUUGAGUCUUCUUGGUUAUGAUGCUACAAGCUUGGCACACCUGUAUUUGGUGAGUUUCUCCCAUUCUUCUCUGCAGAUCCUCUCAAGCUCUGUCAAGUUCGAUGGGGACCGUUGCUGCACAGCUAUUUUCAGGUCUCUUCAGAGAUGUUAAAUGGGGUUCAAGUCCGGGCUCUGGCUGGGCCACUCAAGGACAUUCAGAGACUUGUCCCAAACCCACUCCUGCGUUGUCUUGGCUGUGUGCUUAGGGUCAUUGUCCUUUUGGAAGGUGAACCUUUGCCCCAGUCUGAGGUCCUGAGCGGUUUUCAUUAAGGAUCUCUCUGUACUUUGUUCCGUUCAUCUUUGCCUCGAUCCUGACUAGUCUCCCAGUCCCUGCAGCUGAAAAACAUCCCCACAGCAUGGUGCUGCCAACACCAUGCUUCACCGUAGGGAUGGUGCCAGGUUUCCUCCAGAAGUGAAGCUUGGUAUUCAGGCCAAAGAGUUCAAUCUUGGAUUCAUCAGACCAGACAAUCGGGAUCUUGGUCACCUCCCUGACCAAGGCCCUUCUCCCCCGAUUGCUCAGUUUGGCCGGGCGGCCAGCUCUAUGAAGAGUCUUGGUGGUUCCAAACAUUUAGGAAUGAUGGAGACCACUGGGUUCUUGGGGACCUUCAAUGCUGCAGAUAUUUUUUGGUACCCUUCCCCAGAUCUGUGCCUCGACACAAUCCUGUCUCGGAGCUCUAUGGACAAUUCCUUCGACCUCAUGGCUUGGUUUUUGCUCUGACAUGCACUGUCAACUGUGGGACCUUAUAUAGACAGGUGUGUGCCUUACCAAAUCAUUUCCAAUCAAUUGAAUUUACCACAGGUGGACUCCAAUCAAGUUGUAGAAACAUCUCAAGGAUGAUCAAUGGAAACAGGAUACACCUGAGCUCAAUUUCGAGUCUCAUAGCAAAGGGUGUGAAUACUUAAGUAAAUAAGGUAGUUCUGUUUUUAAUUUUUCUAUUUCCCCCAACCCCCCCCCCCCCCCAAAAAAAUUUUUUUUUUCUAAAAACCUGUUUUCGCUUUGUCAUUAUGGGGUAUUGUGUGUAGAUUGCUGAGGAUUUUUAUUUAUUUAAUAAAUUUUAGAAUAAGGCUGUAACAUAACAAAAUGUGGAAAAAUUCAAGGGGUCUGAAUACUUUCCGAAGGCACUGUAUUUUCAUCUCUGUCACAUGAAACCGCUCGCAUUUGCAGAGUGUUUUCCCGCUAAUUGCAUUAUGGAACGAACAUUCGCGCACAGCCUACUGCCUUAUGUGCAUUGCUGCGCUUAUAAUGUAUAUAAUAACAGUUUAUCAACAUUUUAAAGCUAAACGUUCUGAUCUGUUGCAUCUUAACGUUUAGUUUUUUUGUAGCCUACUGGUUGGAUGCAUUUGGGAUUUAUCGUUCAAAAACUGUCCCAGAGUGUUAAGAAUAGGCCAUUUUUUUCUCGACAAGCUGAACAAUAGAAUAGGUCAACUUUUCUACCUUGGGGGAUAGUAGAUUGACAUAGGCUAGUGAUUUUACUGUUCGUUACUCAUCUUGUUGACUGAGGAAAAGUAAAUGUGGACAGUUAUUCUAACAUCUUCAAAGUGUGCAUCAGAAUUCGGGAAGAAGGGCCGCACAUCAUUGCAUCCUCGACUUGCAUGUUCUGUUAAUAUGAAUUACCAUAAUCUAAAUGUGAUUUCUGUCAUUCUGAGCACCGUGGGUGGACGCUUUAAUCAGGUUACGCACCCAAUGCAUAUGGGUCUGGUAAAUUGCUCAAAUGUGCGGUAAAUUAAAAUGCAGCCGGUCAAAUGUCCGGGAGCCACAUUUUCCUAAUGGAAACCCUGUUCCCUUUAGCCAUUACAUCAUGACCAACGAUUGCUCUGUCUGAAAAUUGCUCUCUCAAUCUCUUACACGUUCCCUUCUCUUCUCGUACUCUCUCUUUCCAAACAGUACUUACAUAUAUCUCUACCUACCGCCCAUCCCCUUGGUCUCCUGUCUGUGUGGAGACAGUGUGUCCUGUGUUAUUGAUGUAUUUCUAAUGUCUCUCCCCAGACAUAGAUGAGUGUGAGAAUCCCAACUCAUGCAGCCAGAUCUGCAUCAACUACAAAGGAGACUACAAG